GAGUGUUAAACCCCCCGCAAGGCUGAACAAUCCGCCAGCAUGACAGGUAAAGAGGAAAUGGUCUCCGACAAUUUUAACAAGUCCAAAACGCUCUCGAUUUCUCCAAACCUGACAGGUAACGAGCGGCCGAAAGGCCUCCCCGGCUCCGGGAACCCGUCGCGGUGCACGGGCUUUGGGAUCCAGGAGAUUCUCGGACUGAAUAAAGAGCCGCCCGCCUCCACGCGGAUCAUCUCCGAUUCCCUGCCGGCCGCAGCUCACCUGGUGGCGGCCAGGAGCGUGCUGACUCCCGCUGGGGUGGGGCUGGUCGGCGCCGCCGCUCUACCGGCUUUCUACGGGCAGUCGGCCUUCCUGGAUGUGUUGUCCGAACACCCGGGAAUCCACGCAGCUCCUCCCGCUCACCUGCAACCUCCACGCCGGGGCGCAAUCCACCUGGAGACCUGUCAGGAAGUCAGUUCAGAUUCUGAAGACAUUUCAACAAGUGACAGGAAACUUUCCAAAUCCAACCUGAGCCAAACAAAAAAGAGAAAGAAAAGACGCCACAGGACUAUAUUCACUUCUUACCAGUUGGAGGAGCUGGAAAAGGCAUUUAAUGAAGCUCACUAUCCAGACGUAUAUGCACGGGAAAUGCUGGCCAUGAAAACAGAGUUGCCAGAAGACAGGAUUCAGGUCUGGUUCCAGAACCGCAGAGCCAAGUGGAGAAAACGGGAGAAAUGCUGGGGCCGCAGUAGUGUCAUGGCCGAGUACGGGCUGUACGGAGCGAUGGUGCGGCACUCCAUCCCGCUGCCAGAAUCCAUCCUGAAAUCUGCAAAGGAUGGCAUCAUGGAAUCCUGCGCUCCCUGGCUUCUUGUUCAAGAUGGCUUACCAAUGACCAGACGCUUUUCUAAAACCGAGUACCAACAAUUCUUUCUAGGAAUGCACAAAAAGUCUCUCGAGGCGUCUGAGGUGGUGAGGAAAGUGGAAGCCGAGCACAGCAGUCAAGCCAGCCAGGAUGACCCAGAGCGUGAAGUCAAGGGCAAGGAUUCCAAGGUGGCCAUUUCCAAAGAGGAACUGCGGGAGAGCAGCAUAGCAGCCCUCAGGGCGAAAGCACAGGAGCACAGUGCUAAAGUGUUAGGAACGGUGUCCAGUGACGGGCAGAGCAAGAUGGCGGAGGAGGAAAGACCCGACAAGAUGAAGAGCGAGCAGUCUAAAGCAGAUGAGCUGUCGACAGAAAAGUUCUAAACUUUAUACACAAACUUUUAGCUCUUUAUAUCUCUGCAGUCUUUUAUGAUGCAGUAUCCUUCAAGACUGUUUUACAGCAACAAAAGCAACAUGACGUUGGCUCUGGCUUAACUGUCAGGCCUCCCUCCCUGUUUUAUUUUUACUGAGGUUACUCUUGAUGGAUGUAUGUGUGUGUGUCUUUUUUUAACAAUUUGUUGUUGGUAUAUUGACUUGUAAUGUAACUAUAAACUAUAAUUAUUCAUUCGGAGUUGCGCCAAAGUGAACACUGGUGGAUUUUAGUAGUUUAGUUUUUCUUUCUGUUCUUUAUUUCUUUGAUUAUAUUCAAAAAUGUACUUGGAUGUUCCAGAAUUAGUCUUGGUUACAGCAUCCUUGUUAAAUCCUACAUCCUCUAACCACCAAUUCAUUGCUUGUAAGGGGUACCUUAUGAUUAAAAUAAAACACACACAAGGCUAUUCAGCCUGCUCAGCUCAUCAGUGACCCAUGUGUAGGCCCAUUUCAGAAUCUUGUCUUCUCUCCACAUUCUCUGCAAUUAGAAAUGGCCAUUUCUUUUCGUAAAAUAUCAGCUGAGUUCACAUCACUGAGCAAAGCCACACGUAAUUCCAUAAAUGACCAACUUUAGUGUGAAGCAUUUGCUGUCGAUUUGAGUUUCCUUCAAUUCAAAUCCGUCCAUUCAUGUUUCCUGGUUCAGCACACAUUUGUGUCAUGGCAGCCAUCUUAGCUGGCACUGUUACCAUAGCAACAGUAACUGGUGAUCAGCCUGUCGUGAAAUAUUGGAAGCUUUGGGUUUGCAGAUUCUGGUUCUGUGAUGGAUUCACAAGAGCUGAACUUUUUAAUGUUGCAUUAAGCAAUAUUUUCACAAUGCAUUGGUGUUUCUCAUUUGUUCCCAGUUUUGCUCUCCUCGCCUCUGUUUCUCUAAAAGAUAAUUUCGCUCCCUAAGGGGAGUUCUAUAGAUGCUGAUAACCUUCCAGUUUUUCCAAUGAUUAGCUAACCUUCCUGCGUUGUUUUUUAGACAUUGGUAAGGCCACAUUUGGGAGUACUGUCUGCAAUUCUGGUCGCCCUGCUAAAGGAAGUAUACCAUUUAAACCAGGAAAGGGUGCAAAAAUGAUUUACAGGGAUGCUACCAAGAGUGGAAGGUUUCAGUUAUAUGAGAGAUUGGAUAGGCUAAGACUUUUUUCUCUGGAUCAUAAGAGGCUGAGCGGUGAUCUUUCCAGAGGUUUAUAAAACCAUGAGUGGCAUGGAUAGGGUGAAUAGUCAAGAUCUUUUCCCCAGGGUAGGGGAGUCCAAAACGAGAGGACAUAGGUUUAAGGUGAGAAGGGAAAGAUUUAAAAGGGACCCGAGGAGCAAUGCAUUUUUAUAUGGAGGGUGGUGCGUUUAUGGAAUGAGCUGCCAGAGGAAGUGAUAGAAGCAAGUAUAAUUACAACAUUUAAAAGAUAUUUGAACAAGUACAUGAAUCGGAAAGGUUUAGAGGGAUGCAUGCAGGCAGGCAAAUGGGAAUAGUUCAGGAAACCUGGUCGGCAUGGAUGAGAUGGGCUGAAGGGCCUCUUUCCAUGCUGUCUGACUCUUUGUACUAUCAACUUCGCCCUAUUUGAAAGAAUUGAGAGUUAUGGGGGAGAAAGCAGGAAAUGAGUUGAGGAUUACCAGAUCACAAAUUGCAAAGCAGAAUUAAUGGGCUGAAUGAUCUAUUUCUGUUCCUUUGUCUGAGGGUCAUAUUAGUACAACUCAUAAUUCCCAGGGUCUCUGUUAUUCUAUAAUUAAAUCACCUGCACCUCUCAAUUAGAAUCCAGCAUGCAACUUGCUCCCAGUUAUCCAUUAUUCAAUACAUAAACCAUGCAAAUUCAAGGAGAUUUAUUGGACCAGAGCAAUCCUGAUUUCCAUGAUUCCCUAAUUAUUCUGCACGCUGUCUUAAUGAGUUGGAUUAAAAACAGGCGAAUCAUGUUCAAAGUCUGUGGUAGCGAAAACCUUUAGUAAAUUUGAAUGGAUUAUGUUACAAAGUCUAUCCCUCUGUUACCUCUCAGGUUUGAGAAAUUCCUAAACUUGAUGUGGAAGUAAACAGAUGAAUUAAAAGGAGCUCAUGGUGUCCCUGGUUUCUAGGGAAGACCAGAAUGCCCAUUUGACGUAGGUCUACAAGACAGAGACAGCAACUCCCCAGUCUGAGAUGAUUGGCAUAGGGGCAUUGCGACUGCAAGGUUAUCUGCAAUAAGCCUGGUUCUGGAGUGGUUGCCUCUCAUGCCAAGAGACCCAAAUACUGCCAACAUUGCAGAAGCUCACUGAAGAAUUUCCUCAGCACAGACCUCCAUUCUGUAUCUGAUGAUGGUCAUCACUGAUUAGGAGUGUCUGUAAACCCUCAGAGGGACCCUGACCCACUCUGCACUGAGUGGGUGGCUCCAUGGUGUACUGUCUUCAGAAUUUCCAAGGAGACUCACUGGGAUAUUUCCCCUUUGACAUGGUGUGAACAUGGCCUUUUAGGAUUUGACAGUAGAGAACUACACCAACCCACAGUGCACACCCAUUGCCUCACUGAAAAUUAUGUUUUUGAUGUAAAUGGGCUGGAAUCACAGAAUCCUAGUGUUGUUAUGGUGGAGUACAGGGCCAUUCAGCCCGCUGUGCCUGCACUAGACUCCCAUCAGAGCUGUCCCUCUGUUACCAUUUAGGUUUGAGAAAUUGCUAAACUUAAUUUGGAAGGAAACAGAUGAAUUAAAAGGAAUUCAUGGUGCCUCUAGUUUCUGGGGAUAACCAGAAUGCCCAUCGGACGGAGGUCUACAAGACAUAGAUAGCAACUCCCCAGCUUGAGAUGUUUGGCCCUUGUCCCAGGUGAAAUGUUCCAAUUUGAUCUCAGAAUCUGGGUGAUUUGUGGUCACUGGGGGCCAAGCUGACCUCCAAAUUGGGAAAUUGUCUGAACUGGGCAUGCUCUGUACCCCAACCAGGUGUAAAAUGACAUCUUUUGGCUAUUGAUGAUCCUUUAAUAUGUUGCUAAAGUGUCACAGUGUCAUAUCCAGCUUAACUUCCCUCCAAAAUGAUGGUAAUUUCCAGUGGAAUGCUAUAACUGGGUGGAGAUUGACAUGGGCAGAUGGGACCAGGGUGUAUUUAUAUGAAGCAUUUCUGUGCCAUUAAUGUUCAGUUUGAAUCGUUCUCACACUCAGUGAAUGUUCAUGGUUUCUGAGAGAAAGGCCUUAAGGCAUUUUCCUGCUGAGUUAGGUCAAUUGCUAAGAUAAAAUUCUACAAACCUCUUUCACUUUCAACUGCAAGUAUUGGCCAGAUUUAUAUUCUCCACUGCUGAACACCGCCCUCCCCAACCCAAUCCCUUCCAACUGCCCAGCUAAGGGUAGAGGAGGUAAUGGACAGCUCAUUAAUCCAGGAACCUUGCAUAACUUCCCUGUUCCUCCUCUAGGACAUUUCACACUUCAGGUACGAUGACCUUCAGGUGAAACCUAGCUGCAUCAGAUAGAGGAAGAUACUUCCUACCUUGUUCCCAUUGGAGCUCCCCUUCCUCCACGUGCCCUGUCGAUCCUUGUUCCCCACCCUCCUUACUUGGCCUCCACAGACCCCUAGGUGUCGGGGACUAGCUGCAUUCCCACACUUUCCAGUGGGCGCCGCAGGAGCAAGGGAAAUGCUAGCUGUUUGAUUGGUCGAUUCCAGAGACCAAUUUUUCUCUUUGAUUUGAGAGGGGGAGGUGGGAGUGCAUGGCAGUCAAGUGUUGUCAGCCAGUUUGCAUCCUAAUGGUCAUCAAAUGCCUGGGCAAAGGCAGGUGGGCUCUGGAUCUGAUAACGACACUAGGGCAGGGUCACUAAUUCUCAUUUAAAAUUCAACCCACCUUGAAACUCCAUAAAUGCUGCUGGAUUGAAAUGACCUCUAGUCCUGACCAGAUACAAUGCCGAUAUGGCCAACAGUUAUAGCAUUAACCCAUGCCAUGAUGUGUUGCAGGUAGCUGACCAGUCUCCUGGCCAUAGAGAUACUGCUGCUGUGUGGAGUCUGAAUCUUCCUCCUUGUCUGAGGGGCUAGCACAGUGGCCAGAGGUCUGUGAGGUUAAGACUGGUGAUAUGUUUCCCAAUAGGCCACACUACCCCACCCCCCCGAUAUCCAACAACAUCCACCCCAACCCUAUCAUGUAGUAGUUACAUUUCAUUCGAUGGACCUGCUGUGCCUCCCUUGGCAGUUGGGUAGCCUGGCUUUGGGAUGGCAGAAGGGGGCAUAAGGGCACAUCCAUCCUGAAAGUCCCAUGUGUCCUUGUAGACUGGUAUGACUGAACCCUGAUUCUACCCAGUCACUGAUGGUAACUAUUACAAAGGUAAAGCCAGCCCUGGUACAGGCUUGUCCCUUUCCUUAGUGCGGGUCAGUGUAGCCCCGUUGGCUAGUUUGCGAUGCAGCGUUAAUACUAACACUAUGGGUUCAAUUCCUCACUGAGGCUGAGGUUACCAAAGGACUCUCCUUCUCAACCUCUCCCCUUGCCUGAGGCCUGGUGACUCUCAGGUUAAACCACCACCUGAUGUUUGUCUCUAAUGAGAUGGCAGCCCUAUGGUCCAGUGGGACUAAGUCAACUUUACUUUUGUCUAUAUCCCUUGCCCCAAUUUAUUAAAGCCCCAUUCUAAGAGCAGCAACAAAAGACUUGCAUCCAUAUUUAGUGCUUUUCACAAUCUCUGGAGCUCUCAAAGGACCAAUGGCAUUCUGUUCUGUAACGCAACAGCUAACUGCCCCUCAGACUUAUAACAAGCAAUGUGAUAAUGGUGAGCUAAGUUGUUAUUUUGUUUGUGAUGUUGAGAGUUUGAUGUUGGCCAGGGCACCAGUGAUAAAUCCCUUGGUCUCUUUCAAAAUGGUGGCAGCUUUUAUGUCCAUCCGAGCAAAUGGACAGGAUCUCUUUUGAAAGAUGGUGUCACUGGCAGUGCUGUGCUCCCUCAGUACUGCAGUGGAGUGUCAGCCUUUGCCCUUCACUGUGGAGAAGGCCUUGAAUCUCAAAGAUAACAAGAUGUGGAGCUGGAUGAACACAGCAGGCCACAGC